AAAGAAGACAGUGAAAAGGAUGAGAAGAAGGAUGAGGAGAAACAAAAAUCAAAGCGUGGGCGACCCCCUCUGAAAUCUACUCUUCCAUCAAACACAUCUUGCAGUUUAUCCAAAACACCUAAUAGUGAAGGUAAAUCAGGAGCCAGGAGUGCACGGAACAACUUGUCAGAUUCCUCACCAUUACCAAAUGGAACAGAAGACUCUGGCUCAUCUGACAGUGAAGCAGAUGAGUCAUCUGAAAAGAAUUUGAAUGAAGAAUUUUCUCCAGAAACUUCAGAACUGGAAAAGAGUGAAAAACCACAUGAUGAGAAGCUAGAUGAAGAAAACCCAAAGAUUCCUCAUGCAUUGAAAGAAAAUGACAGGACUCAAGUACAGCCACUAGAAACACUGAAACUGGAAGUUGAAGAAAGUGAACAAAUUGUUCAGAUUUUUGUGAAUAAAACGGAACAGAUAGAAGAAAUCAAAAGAGAGGCUGAAAAAUCACCUAAAGGAAAAGGGAGAAGGAGCAAGACAAAAGAUCCUUCGUUAGAGAACGCAAAGGUUGCACCAGGAAGCCAAGAAGAGGUGGCAAAUGAAACUCUUCUGGAACCUGAAAGGUUAGACAUGUCUUCCUUGGACUGUAAAGAAAUUUCCAGCACUACUGAAAGUGAAACAGAGCCUUCUACAAGAGAUAAGAAGCUUUUGAAAAGGAAAAAUUUGGAGCAGGCAUUGCCUGAGAAGAGAAGUCGUCGGGAGAGUGAGAUGGAAGUGCCAAAUAUCAUAUCUGAAGAGAGGACCAAUGAAUGUACUGGAGCAGAGGAAUGUAGAGGGCUGAAUGCUGAAGAGUCCCUCAGAACUGAAAAUGAGGAAAUGCCAUCCCUGGUGGCAGAAUCAGUUCAGCAUGGCCAAGAGCUGAGGAAUGAGAACUUUGAAUGUCCAUCUGAAGAAAAUGAGAAUGUUCCCUUAAAAGAUGAGGACGAUGCCAUGCCUCAGAUUGGUCCUGAAACUUUGCUCUGCCAUGAAGUAGACUUGGAUGACUUGGAUGAAAAGGAGAAGACCAGCAGUGAAGAGACAAUAUCAGAAAAGCCAGACGCUAAUGCUUCAAAUUCAAAUCCAUCUGCCUUACCCCCUGCCGUCCAGUCCGGCUUUUCAGCAGCCUCACCUCUUGCUCUGAGCCAGGACGAGUCGCACAGUAUCAAGAGUGAAAGCGACGUGACUAUUGAAGUCGACAGCGUGGCAGAAGAGUCUCAAGAAGGUCUCUGUGAAAGCGAGUCCGCUAACGGAUUUGAAGCCAGCACUACAUCGAGCAAUUGCAGUAUCACUGCGCAAGAGAGAGAGGCUGGAGAGAAAGGUCAGAAAAGGCCCAGUGACAGCAGCAGUGGAACACUGGCAAAAAAACAAAAGCGUACUCCAAAGCGAACAAGUGCUGCAGUCAAAAAUGAAAAGAAUGGAACAGUACAAAGUAGUGACAGUGAAGACCUUCCUGUCCUGGACAGUUCAAGUAAAUGUACUCCUGUAAAACACAUAAAUGCAUCCAAACCACAGAAGAUUUCUCGAUCACCUGCAAGAGUGAUUUCACCUCACAUCAAAGAUGGAGAGAAGGAUAAACACAGAGAGAAACACCACCACCAGAAUGCUUCGCCUAGAGUAUACAAAUGGAGUUUUCAGCUCAAUGAACUAGACAAUAUGAGCAGCACUGAAAGGAUCUCCUUCUUACAAGAAAAACUACAGGAAAUACGAAAAUAUUACAUGUCCCUGAAGUCAGAAGUAGCAACCAUAGAUAGGAGAAGAAAACGAUUAAAAAAGAAAGACAGAGAAGUGUCACAUACAGGAGCAUCUAUGUCAUCUGCUUCAUCAGACACUGGAAUGAGUCCAUCAUCAUCUUCUCCUCCACAAAACGUGCUUGCUGUCGAAUGCAGGUGAUACACAUUUCUCUGCCUUGCCAGCAGCUUGCUGCCAUGGACAUAAAUCCUGAAAUUCAACCACAGAAAGCACUCAACUGGUUUGACAUUGCCAAGUAUAUUCUGUACACACUUCCACUGCUGGACUCUACCUGUUCUCCCCCCCUACCCUCUUCUUUUUUUGUUGUUUUUUUCUUUUUUUUUUUUCCUUUUUUUUUCUUUUUUUAAUUUACUGUUCAGAGAAAUUAAGCUCGUUAGCUGAAGGUCUGUAGGCACAAUGUGACACGCUCGUCAUUGUGUUUAUUUUUGUUUUUGUUUUUAUUAAUGCAGAGAAAAGGGCACUUAUCAAAUUUGAAGAGUUAUGUCCAAUGAAGCAUUCAGGUGUUCUAGGGAGAUCUUAGAAAAAGCAAGUGCACCAAGCAGACAUCAGAGUAUUAUCAAAAAAGAAACAAAGUGAGUAACUGCUGCACUUUCACCGAGCUGUACGUGAACUCUUGGUGAGUAGUUCCUCUUUCUGGAAGCACUUGCUAUACAGAACUGCCAAAGUAUGUGUUCAGCAAUGUGCCCAGUUUUAAAGGUGUAAAUGGGACAAAAUAAAUUGUGAAAGGAAGUGUAGUUGACUGAAAACUACAGUUGUAAUAAGUCUUCCACUUUUUAUAGGAUUUUUGAGCACACAGUUAUGCAAAUAUUUUAAUGUUUAUUAAUGUUUACAGUGGAAUUGUGAAUAGGUUUUCAGUGGACUAUCUUAUCCCUUGACAAAAAUAUUUUGUCUUUUUUCUAUGUAAUUUCAGAGUUUUUAUUUUGUUACAAAAAGACGAAAAAUGAAAUAUAUAACAACAAUGAAAUUAUUUAACAAGAUUUCUAAAGCUGAAAUUUUUGUGUAAAAUAAGGUAUCUUGCAACUUGUUAAAUAUAUUUAUUCAGACAUUGGAUGUUGUAUUUUUAUGUAUUUUUUAAAAUAUUAAUAAAAUUGGAAAAAAAAAAAACAUAAUCUAGGUUAGUUCACUCUUUUGAUCAAACACACUCAUCAGUUGUGGCUCUUGAGGAGGUUUUAUCCAGUAGCCGUGCCUGUAUUUCAGAUGGGUCUGUCUACAUAAUCCUCCCCAACACGGAUCUGGAUUAAACAAUGACUUUAUUUGGAAACUUUGGCAGUCCUAGUACUUACUUUUGAGGAACAAAAUUUAUUGGGUUGCCCUUAAGUGAUAUUUUCUCACAAGUCCUUGCGUUCGCUAUACUGCCGAAUGAAUUUCUAUCUCCCAAAGUUGAGAUGCAACAAUAAAACUGUGUACGCUUUGUCUGUGGAUUGUCCCACGGACAGAUACAGUUUGUAAAUAACUCUUCCAAACCCAUGUAUUUAAAACAGUUUGCAUAUACAUUAUGUAUAAAAGUGAUUUUUUUAUCAAUUUUUGUAUUCAUGUUUGUACAUUGGAAGGGGUUCUUAACCCCUUUUUCUGUGUUUAAUAUGCUGUAGAGUAAUAACAUAGAUGCUCUAGACUGUAUAUCAGGAUAUUCUGGUUCACACGGCAGAAAGUCAGAAGGAAACACUAGUGAUGGCGUAGCAUUACUAAAAUUGAUGUUUCUUGCAAUUUCAUUUUACAACAUUUGUCAACUUGUGAUUCCAAUUCCUUCCAUUUUCGCAGGAAAUUAAAGAAAAAGUACUCUUGUAAAUGCACUUUUUCUGUCUUUUCUUAAGCAAAGCAGAACUAUUUCAAUGUAAGAUAAAUAUGGAGCUCACUAGACAGCAUUAAUAAAGGCCAUGUUUUAAACAUAGGCUUUAUAUUCUAUUUUUAUUUAAGGUGAUUGUUCUUGUAAAUGUCUGGACUUACCUAAAUAGGAAAAUUAAUCUCCAUAAAUUGUUGUAAAGACUUUUUUUUCAGAGCUAACUUUUACUGUUAAUCUUAUAAUAGCU